UCUGCACCCUCGUUCAGUAGCCAGUGCCACUACCGAGUACCGCUUCAGAUACUAUCAACCUAAGUACAUAUCCGCAUACAGCUUUCGGACCUUAAUAAAUUAAUAAAUGCGUACAAUGGACAUUGAUCAGCAAAGAACACGGACUUCUUUGAUACAAUCAUUUUGUAGCAAGGCUGUUGCGGUUGCGUGAUUCCGGUCAUAAAAAUGAAUAAGUAUUUAUUUUACAACUCAUUUAUAAGUCGUAUUUAAUACUUUGGGCGUGGGGGCGUUCACGACUCAUCUAGUGUUAAGUAGUUGCCAAAUCCCAUAGAAUAAAACCACUAAAAGAAGUUGGUUGUUUGAAAGCGCACACAUAAAAUAAUAUGAUACAUCGACUGGUUUGUUCCUGACAAUAUUGUCAGAGAAAAACGUAUUCUAAAUUUUUAAUGCACUAGUAGAGAUACUCAUGCAGUGUCGUUUACAUUUAGGAUAUGAAAUAUGAACGGCUUUAUAACUAAAGUACGACAGCAGAAAUAUCCAUGCCAAUUAUGUCAAAAAACACGGAAAAUUAUAGCAUGCAUGCACUUUACAACAUCGACUGCGCAAAUGACUGGGAGAGGCCGCACUUGAAAGAACAAUAACAUCUUAUCGUUGUCCGCAUUGACCUACUAUAACAAAGUGUAGUAUCGCAGUUCACAGCUUGUUUUUAUUAAGUAACAAUCAUUUAACUGAUAAUGUAACGCGAGAAUGUAUAAGACAAAGCGCGAUGACCUUGCGUCCGCGGGGACGCGCGGCAGAGCGCUUUCGGCGCCCCACCGGACCUCCAGCAUCAAUUCUUAUAAAACGCACCGGUGGUUAUCAAAUCUAUGUCAGUUACGCACUGCUAUACCACAGUAAAAAUGUUCGCUAAGAUUCUUACACUGGCUGCCAUGGUGGCGGCCACCCAGGGCGGUCUCCUUGGCCACGGCCUCGGUCACGGAGAUUACAGCAUCUCAUCUCAACACAAUUUGGUGCACCAUGACGCUCAUUACGCCGCAGCUCCCCUAGCUACCCUUGCUCAUGCCACCCCUCUGGCUUAUGACGGACAUUACGACGCUGGACACCUGUCUCAUGGUGCUACCCUUGCACAUGCCGCCCCCUUAAUUCACGCUGCUCCCGUAGUUCACGCUACUCCCGUAGUACAUGCUGCCCCCGUAGCCCACCUUGGAGCUUACUCCGGACACGGUCAUGAAGAUUAUUAUGCUCACCCCAAAUACAAGUACUCUUACUCCGUUGAGGACCCCCACACCGGUGACCACAAGUCUCAACAUGAGGUCCGCGAUGGUGAUGUCGUAAAAGGAGAAUACUCGCUCCUCCAGCCCGAUGGCUCCUUCCGUAAGGUCUCGUACUCUGCUGACGACCAUAGCGGUUUUAACGCGGUCGUACAUAACUCCGGUCCUAGCCACCACGUUUAUUCAUCCCAACACCAUCAUUACUAGAAAAUUGUAGAAGAGGCUUAGAUUUCUACGAAGUACCUUAUAUUUAUUCUUGCUGUGAUCUUCAGAACGUGUUUAUAUCUUUUAGUGAAUAAAAACUCUUAAAUAUAAAAGGACUAUAAGAACUA